UCCUCUAUACCCCUCCCCAACAGACUAAAAGAUUAUAUGGUGUUAGUAAUUUUAGUAUUCUGAAGAUCAUAUAAUUGAUUUCUUCUGAUAGGUGUAGUUUUUCUUAUGGAAGAAUAUCCAGUUAUUUCAUGAUGGCAUUUGCACCACCAAAAAGCAUAGAUGGUUCCAAAAUGCAAACAAAGAUGAGUACCUGGACACCCCUAAACCAUCAGCUUUUGAAUGACCAGGUAUUUGAAGAAAGAAGAGCCUUGCUUGGAAAAUGGUUUGACAAAUGGACAGACUCUCAAAGGAGAAGAAUCCUGACAGGCCUGUUAGAACGCUGCUCCCUGUCACAGCAAAAGUUUUGCUGUAGACAGCUUCAAGAAAAAAUUCCAACAGAAGCCCUGGAUUUUACUACCAAGCUUCCAAGGGUGUUAUCUUUAUACAUCUUUUCCUUCCUGGACCCUCGAAGCCUUUGUCGUUGUGCACAGGUGAGCUGGCAUUGGAAGAAUUUAACUGAACUGGAUCAACUCUGGAUGCUCAAAUGUUUACGGUUUAACUGGUGCAUCAAUUUCUCUCCCACUCCCUUCGAGCAAGGUAUAUGGAAGAAGCACUAUAUUCAAAUGGUGAAAGAGCUUCAUGUUACAAAGCCUAAGACUCCUCCAAAAGAUGGCUUUGUAAUUGCCGAUGUUCAGCCAGUUGCAAGCAGUACUCUAGAGGAAAAGCUGUCUCCUUCACCAGCUUUUAGGUCCUCUUCCUCUUUAAGAAAGAAGAAUAACCCAGGGGAGAAAGAACUCCCUCCAUGGCGAUCCUCUGACAAGCAUCCUACUGAUAUCAUCCGUUUCAAUUACUUAGACAACUGUGACCCCAUCAGGCAAGCCUGGCCUGGAAGGAGGAAGAAAAAUGAAAUGACUCCAGAUUCCAGCCGACAGCCACAUGAUAAGAAAAAUAAAUUACAGGACAAAUCUAAGCUAAGAAAAGCUCAGUCACUGGUAUCCCUAAAUGCAGAACUCAGUCCCCUGCAGAAGUUCCAGCACAUCUCGCCUGGGCUUCUCAUCAGUCAGUAGGAUUCUCAGCUGCCAAGGCAGCAACUAAAGUUCUCAUCCAGCAUAUUCAGGGACACUCUGAGCUUCACUCUUUACCCUUCCAGGCUCCAGAACUGAAGCUGAUUUAAAAAUGUGGAAGGACUUUUAAAGAAAUAACAAAAUGUACAUGUUUGAGAGUUGAAUGUGACUUGGCUCCUUUAUUAGAAGCUCUUACAGUUUAAGUACCUUGUUGUGAAAGUGAGUUCUGCUGUAUUUCAG